UUUUUCCCAUUGAUCAAUGGAAGACAAUCAUGAUCAAACAUCCCACACCCUUCCCUCUUGCCAGCACGAUUUCCCAAACUCAGCAACCUUGAGCGAUAUAUGCAUGCAAUCAAAAACCGAUAUCACAUUAGGGUUACCCAACAAAAUCAAACUAGUACGUUGCCCCCAAUGCAAUUUCUACUUACACCUCCCUAAAAUAUGGGUCAAACUAUCAUCACAAUCAACAUUUCUUCUAUCAUUUUGCUUUAAUAAGUUUAAAACCAACUUCCAUUGCAAUAACGUGAAGUUGCUCCGUGCUGAAAUCGUUCCAUCUGAAUCCAAUUCACAGAGUAUCAAAACUAGGGUUUAUGUUCACAAAAAGGUUAUCAAUGGAGAAAUUCUUCAACAAUCUUAUCUUGUUGAGUUUCUUCAUGACAACCGAAUAUGUGAACCAUGUAGUAGGGUUCAGGCUAAUCCUAGUCAAUCGGUUUAUGCUGUGCAAUUAAGGAAACAUCGUUCUCAUGCGCGUAGUUUUUUGUAUUUGGAACAUAUUAUUUUGAAGCAUGGUGUUGCUGCUAAUGCUGUGAGAAUCAAUAAGAUGAAACACGGUACUGAUUUCGAUUUCGCUGAUGAAGUUUGUGCUAAGAAGUUAGUUGAUUUUAUCAAGGGACUAAAUCCUGUGAAGAUUUGUGAGAGUAAGAGACUUGUUUCUCAUGAUAGGAAGAGUAGUUAUUACUGUCUUGAGUACACUUUUUUCAUUCAGGUUUGUUCCAUUUGUUCCGAGGAUUUGAUUUUUCUGCCUCCUUAUGUUGCUUGCCAUUUGGGAAAUAUCGGUCCCAUUGUGAUUUGUACCGAAGUUACCAACAUUGUUACUUUGUUUGAUCCGUUAACCGCGAAGCAUUGUUUCUUAGAUGAUAAUAUCUAUUGGAGGCAACCCUUCAAAUCUUUGCUCACUAGCAAAGAUUUAGUGGAAUAUGUUGUACUCAAUAUCCAUAAGGUUUUUAUCGAGGUUACUGUUAAUGGUAAGAAAUUCGGCUUAGCUAUUGCCGAGGUUGCUCGUGUGAAAGAUUUGGGAAAGAAUGAGAGGAGAUUUAAUAUCAAGACUCAUCUAGGUCAUCUUUUGAAAAAUGGUGACCAUGCUCUUGGUUAUGACUUGUGCGGGGCUAAGUGUAGUGAUAGUGAUAUUGGAUUGAAGGAGCACAUAGGAGGUGGUGUGAUUUUAAUCAAGAAGAGAUCUGAAGAGAAAGUUUGCCAGAAGAGACGUGCAGAGCGUCAGUCGCACUUAAAAGAUUUAGAAAAAAUCACUAAUGAGGUGUUGGGCAUGUCAUUAGGCAGCGAAGAACCAACUUUGGAAGAGAAGUUGGGUGAUCUUGAUCUGAGUGGCGAGGAAUAUAAGGAGAAGAAGAAGGCGAGGAGGACGGCAUGA